ACCAAGUCACCGAAUGGCGAAUGUAAAUUUGCAACUUGCAAGUGCACUUUUAUUUUUACAAUAAAAAUGAGUCAGUGUCUGGUUCAGAAUAGAAACAUUCAGUGCUCUAACUUUAGCUAAGCGAUAAAUAGAAAAUGAUAGUGAUUUUAAUUUGAAAUAAAUCAUCAUGAGUUCCAACACACAGAGUGUACUGCACCGGCCUAUAUGCCCAGCGGCGAUCCAAGCUUUCAGUUUUUUCAGUUUAUCAUCAAUAAUAUUUAUCAUCACCUUAUUUUCUGGAAGCAUAUUGGGCUUUACAUCGGAAUUAUGGGCACUUACCUACUGGGGACCGGCGUUAUAUUUUUGCCUGCUUAAUUUUAUUCUACGCUAUUAUUACAAAGGCUUCGCAUAUGAUGUGGCAGUGAGAGCAGCAUUUCUUGGUGCAGUUUUUGCCACUGGGUUGUACUUGACCCAGUUUGAGUAUAGCUGGAGAGCCUACGGGCUAUACAUCAUGGUUCUAUCAAUAUUCCACUUCUCCGAGUUUAUGGCCGUGGCUCUGACGAAUCCCAAGACUCUGACGGUAGACUCAUUCAUAUUAAACCACAGUGUACAGUACUGGGUUGCUGCGGUAGCCAGCUGGAUUGAAAUGGCAGUGGAAUCUUACUUUUUCCCUAAAUUGAAAAUGUCACUGUGGUUGUCCUUAUUUGGUUUUGCAAUGUGCAUUGGAGGGGAGUUCUUAAGGAAAAUGGCAAUGUUUACAGCGAAAACCAACUUUAAUCAUCAUGUGCAAACAGUAAAGAAGGCUGACCAUCAACUAGUGACGCACGGCGUGUACGCAUAUUGCCGACAUCCAAGCUACGUGGGUUGGUUCUAUUGGUCUAUUGGGACACAGAUCAUACUGCUCAACCCGGUGUGCGUAUUAAUCUACGCACUAGUCUCCUGGUCGUUCUUCCAAGAGCGUAUCUACGCUGAGGAGAUGUUCCUGAUCUCUUUCUUCGGGAACCAGUACCUGGUGUACCAGAAGCAGGUCGGCACCGGGAUUCCCUUCAUCCAGGGUUAUAUACCCACCUGAUAUAGGAGGAAGCAUUCCAUCGUGAGACGAUUCUCAUGGUGAAUUGGGACGAACAAACAA